AUGAUUGAGUCUCCCCCCGCAUUACCAGCAUCAUAUCCGUUUGACCCGUUCUCGCUGGCGGCGUAUCCGCAGGAUUAUUGGGCUCGAGCAGAAAGCCGCAAAUGCUUCCAGGCAGAUAAAUCCAAAGUGGAGGUGAACUGGACUGAGGUCGACUCCCAGCGGCGUGUGACACAAAAGAAAAUAACAUCCCCCGCGGAAUUAUCCACCUAUACCAACCAGAAACCGCCUGCGCGUGAUGGCUUGCGCAUUAUUGGGAUACCCCAGGGCAAUUCUUGGAGGCCCCUAAAAAUUACGCCGGAUAUGCUCUCCAACAUCAUAGAUUCCACCAGGGCUUCUCCAGAGAUCCUCGAGGUCUUUCUCUCCUUCUGUCAGAGGACUCUGCCCGUGGAGGAGGCAUUCAGUGGUGCCCCAUUUGUCAGGUGGAACAAAGAUAACAACAGUGUUCUAGAAAUUGCCUAUGUCUUUAAAUACGCCUUCCUAAAACCUACAGACGACGGUGUAUCGUGGGUAAUCCGCCAGACGGGGGUUUAUCAACAGUAUGACCAAGAGACCAACUCCUCCACCUGGAUCUUCAUGCAUCCAACGACGGACUGUCCCUUCCAGCGACGAUUGACAGAGGCUCUCGUGUCCACAGAUCAGUACGCCAGGCUAAUGGAACAUCCGCUCCUCAUGCAUAACAUCCUGUUUGCCACCUACUUUCCAAACUGGAGGGACUAUUUGGCGUACAACCAGGCUCGGGUGUUACCUGUAGACUAA